AUGUGGAACUCACGCAAGGUUGGAAUUCUCGGCGGUGGCCAACUGGGCCGUAUGCUGGUUGAGUCUUGCAACCGUCUGAACAUCCAAGCCAAUGUACUGGACGCCGAGAACUCUCCAGCCAAGCAGAUCAGCUUCCACGAUGGACACGUUACGGGCUCUUUCAAGGAGCGUGAGGCUGUGCGACAAUUGGCCAAGUCCUGCGACGUCAUGACCGCCGAGAUCGAGCACGUCGACACCUAUGCCCUUGAAGAGGUCGCCUCCGAGGUUCAGGUUGAGCCUAGCUGGCAAGCCAUUCGCACCAUUCAGAACAAGUUCAACCAGAAGGAGCACUUGCGCAAGUACGGAAUCCCCAUGGCCGAUCACCGGGAGUUGGUCAAGAACACACCCGAGGAGUUGGCAGAGAUUGGAGAACAAUUGGGUUACCCAAUGAUGUUGAAGUCCAAGACUAUGGCAUAUGAUGGACGUGGCAACUUCCGUGUGAACUCCAAGGAAGACAUUCCCGAGGCUCUCGAGGCUCUCAAGGACCGGCCGCUGUAUGCGGAAAAGUGGGCCUACUUCAAGAUGGAGUUGGCUGUUAUGGUCAUCAAGACCAAGGACGAGGUCCUCUCAUACCCCACCGUGGAGACUGUUCAGGAGGACUCAAUAUGCAAGCUGGUCUACGCGCCAGCGCGGAAUGUGUCCGAUAAGAUCAACGAGGAGGCUCAGGCCCUCGCCCGCAAGGCCGUUGCUGCGUUUGAAGGCAAGGGUGCCUUCGGUGUCGAGAUGUUCCUGCUCGAGGACAACAGUCUCAUGCUGUGCGAGAUUGCUAGCCGUAUCCACAACUCCGGUCACUACACCAUCGAAGGCUGCGCUUUGUCCCAGUUCGACAGCCACAUUCGUGCUAUCCUGGACCUCCCCAUUCCCGCCAAGAGCCUCGAGAUCCGCCAGCCUUCUAUCAUGCUUAACAUCAUUGGUGGCUCUGCUCCUGACACUCACCUCAAGGCUGCCGAGGCCGCUCUUUCGAUCCCUAAUGCGGCCAUCCACCUGUAUAGCAAGGGUGCCGCCAAGCCUGGCCGCAAGAUGGGCCAUAUCACCGUGACUGCCGCGACAAUGCAUGAGGCUGAAACUAUGAUCCAGCCCUUGAUUGACGUCGUUGAUGACAUCCGCGCCCAGCGCACCGAUAUCAAGACCAAGGCUCAGCCCUCUGGACCCUCUAAGCCUGCACCUCAGGUGGCCGUUGUCAUGGGCUCCGACAGUGAUCUGAAGACUCUGGUCCCCGGUCUCAAGUUGCUGGAGAACUACUUCGGCAUUGAGCCCGCCGUCGAGAUUACCUCUGCCCACCGCACGCCCGACUACAUGGCCGAGUAUGCUGCCGAGGCUGCUUCUCGCGGUAUCAAGGUGAUCAUUGCUGCUGCCGGCGGUGCCGCCCACUUGCCUGGUAUGGCAGCUGCCCACACUGCUCUGCCUGUUAUCGGCGUUCCUGUCAAGGGUAGCUCGCUCGACGGCGUCGACAGUUUGUACAGCAUUGUCCAGAUGCCUCGUGGUGUCCCCGUCGCAACCGUCGGAAUUAACAACAGCAUCAACGCCGCUCUCUUGGCUGCCCGCAUCCUGGGAGCCUUCGAUCCUGCCAUCCAGCGCAAGGUUGAGGCCUACGCCGAGGAAGCCCGUGCUGAGAACAUGGAGAAGAAGGGCACCAAGAUGCGCGAGCUUGGCUGGGAGAAGUACUUCGAGCAGAUGUAA